UCAAGGUGGGUACUCCUCCCUGAACUACAGCAAUUACGGCGGUGCCGGACGAUGGUAGCUCUCUUUCGCUUCUUUCACAUACUUUGUGACCAAAAGGGUCAUGUACAAUGUUUUAUUACCUCUCUUCCCACGAUGGCUGCAUGGCGUUACCGGAGGCUUCGAAGCGAAUGCAUCGGCACUCAGUCCGGCGACACUGGCUACUGAGAUGCUCGGCGUUUAUGAUGGUCGGCUUCUGUCCCACAUUUGCUGGCUUUGGCAUUGGCAUGGCUUCACGGAACUACAAUACCUUGAUAUUUUCUUUCGAAGUUGUGUUUGGUCUGGGCGGAUUACGCUGCUUUCACCAGGUUUCACGUCACCAUCUCUCGUCGUCUUCGUCAUGGCCAUCGUAUAAAGAUGGCUUCCCCAACUGUUCUCCUGCAUAGUUCCAGUGACGAAGAUGAUCGAGAAUUCUCUGCCCGCCUUGUUGUACUUAAUUACUUGACUGGUGGCGUCUGAGCUGCUCAUCGUCCGCCGCCGUCGUCGCCGUUGCUGGGCGCCUUGCUUUACGUCGCUGCCUUCAUCCGGUUUCAACAAUAGGGCAACC